AUGAUUCCAAUGCAUAAUCACUUUGUGCCGCCGAGCACUAGCACCACCGGUCUUGUUUCUCCAGCGAAUUACGCUAUUUCCAGGUUACAUCCUUCUGUGGAUGAUUCUUUGGUGGCUGUAGUGAAACAUGAAGCUGCUUUGGUCAUGGAUUGGUCCCCUGAGGAGCAGUAUGUAUUGGAGAACAGCCUUGCAAAUUUAACAAAUGAACCGAAAAUUUCAAAGUAUGUAAAGAUUGCUGCAACACUACCAGAUAAAACUGUGAGGGAUGUAGCAUUGAGGUGUAGAUGGAUGACGGGAAAACGGAGAAAAAGAAAAGAAAAUAGUGCUGGGAAGAACAUUAGCAAUAGAAAGGUGGUGGAUACAUCCCCAGAAUUGAGCAUGCUAGCCAAUGUGCCACAACAAAAUGCUUUAUAUGUCAUUAACAAUAUGUGCCACAGUUCACACAUGCCUCGUGAAGGUUUAAGUGAUGUGGUAAUGGAUCUUCUACAGCAAAACGCUCAAGUUUUUAGUCAAAUUUCUUACAACCUCUCUGUGUGCAAGUUGCAGGAUAACAUCAAACUCUUUUAUCAGACAAGAAAUAACAUCAACGCCAUUCUGACCAAUAUGAAGGAGAUGCCAGUUCUGCCUGUUUCAAUUAACGAUGAUCUUGCAAGCCAUUUAUUCUCAAGUAUAACACAGCCAACAUCGUACACCAUUCAACCAAGCAUCCACAUGAAGCAAGAGCCGAGAAGAUGA